AUGUCGAAGACCACAAAGGACCAAAUGGCAGUGCUUCAACUGUCAUUUACGGCACUUUGUUCUGUAUUUAAAGCCAUUGAGGCUACAAGUAAGAGUGAAAAGAAGCUGGAUUUAUUAUUUAGUGCAAAUCUCCGUGCUCAAGUGGGUGAGAGUGAUCUGUAUCCACUCAUUCGCUUAGUUUUACCUCAAUUGGAUCGUGAACGUACUUAUAUGAUUAAAGAAAAGAAGAUUGCAAGACUUUAUAUUCAAGUCUUAGGGUUAUCAUCGAGUAGUCAAGAUGCAAAAAAAAUGGAGCAUUUUCAUGAUCCAAAGAUUGUUAAUAGUAAAUCAGUAGGGGAUUUUACAGCUGUACUAUAUGAAGUCAUGCUCUAUCGCAGUGGAACAAGUAACAAAUCUAACAAGACACAUACAAUUCAAAAUGUAAAUGAGUUCUUGGAUGCUUUAGUCCAAGCUGAUAAUAAUACAGCAAGGAAGACAAGUAUGAUGAAACUAGUGACGGAAUAUACGGCAGAGGAGCAAAAAUGGAUUAUACGAAUUGUAUUAAAAGAUCUCAAGAUCGGAUUGCGACAUGAACGAGUACUAAAAUAUAUGCAUCCAGAUGCUAUGGAAAUGUAUAAUCAUACAAAUGAUUUACGUAAGAUCUGUACAGAUUUACGAAACUCAGCAGUGAGGUAUGUACCUCAAUUAAAACCAUUUCAAGUCUUUACUCCGAUGCUUGCAAAGAGAGUAAAUUUUGGAGAAUGUAUUGGUGCAAUCAAUGCUGAUACAUUUGUAAUCGAGCCCAAAUUAGAUGGAGAAAGGAUCAUGUGUCAUGUACAAGGAAAAGAAGUACAGUUUAUUUCAAGGAAUGGGAUCAACUACACGGAUAAUUAUGCACCUUCAAUUAAACCAUAUGUGCUGUCCCAACUUGAGUCGGACGCGGAUUGUAUUUUGGAUGGAGAGAUGAUGGUGUGGGACAAUACAGAAUAUCGACUUCGUGAAUUUGGACUGUUAAAGAACACUGCUAACGCUGUGCGGAAAGGAGAAGCAACGAACCGAUGGUUAUGCUACGUUGUGUGGGAUGUAGUUUAUCUGGGUGGAAGUCCAAAAGUAGAACAACUUAUACGCGAGGUUUUUAAGGGUCCUGGUGAAAUUAGUGCUGUGAUGGGGUUGCCGCUUCUUGCUCGACGCAAAUUGUUGCUUCGAAUUCUUAAACCGCUGGAUCAUCGGAUCAUUAUUAACGAACAAAAACUCAUCAAUGACAAGACAGCGAAGGAAAGGCAUGAGAGAGUCAUGGCUGAGGUAGAUCAGCAGGUAUCAAAUGGAGGUGAAGGGGUGAUGAUGAAAGAUUUGAACGCACACUAUAUGUGUGGAGAAAGCAGUAGGAAGGCGAAGAAGUGGCUGAAGUUGAAGCCAGAUUAUGCGGGUAUGACGACAGACUUGGAUGCCAUCAUUGUCGGCGGCUUUUAUGGUACAGGGCGACGUCGAAGUGGAAAUGUAUCGGUAUUUCUUAUUGGCGUACUUGCACACUCGCUUGAUGAAAGCGAGGCAGCUAAAGUAAUGAAGCCAGGUGCUUCAUGUCCAAUGGUAUACACAUUCGCUAAAGUUGGUACUGGAUAUAACCUGGAUGAGCUUGACCAAAUGCGACAAGAUUUGGAACCGUACUGGCGACCAUGGGACGACGACAAUAUUCCACCGCAUUUGAGCGGCUGGAAACCGCAGAAGAGUGACCUGAGACCUGAUGUCUGGAUCGACCCACGACACUCCAAGAUUCUUGAAGUGUAUGGAUUUGAGCUAUCAUUUUCGACUCUGUAUCAGACUGGGCUUACUCUCCGGUUCCCUCGAUGCAAAGCAAUACGCAAUGACAAGGAGUGGUAUCAGUGCACUGAUCUUCAAGACCUAAACGCUGCUCGUGGAAGUCUUUCAAGAAAGCGAGCUUUUGACGUAACUCUUGGGCAGAAAAGCACUACCAAAUGUGUCAAGAAGCGCACGGCAAUCUCAGCUCGUCGUCCUAGUAACGUUCUUGAAGGGCACUCUCGGGCAGACCUGGAAGGUAUUGAACAAGAACGAAACGUGUUUGAAGGAAAAGAGUUUUGCGUGCUACCUGGGAAAUACGAAGCGCCCCCGCUGAACGUUGCUUUAUCAUUUCCUGACGGUACAGUCGAUGAGCACACCAAUCAAUUAACGAAACAGGCUGUUGAAAAACUGGUACACUCUUUUGGAGGCAAUGUUGUGCAGAACCCCAUCGAAAGCACAAACUACGUUGUGGCAGCUGGAGAUACUGGAUUUAAAGUGAUUAAUUUGAAGAAGCAAGGUUUGUACAACAUUGUGCACAUUAAGUGGAUAUUUAAAUGCGUGGCUGCUUUACGGUUAGUGCCACUUAAGGCGAGCGAUUUUGUGUUUGCAACAGCUUUGCAACAAAAAGUUCUCGCCAGAGAGUACGACCGCUACGGAGAUCAUUUCACUGAACAUGUACACCCAGACGAAUUAAAGCGCAUAUUAAAAAAGGUGUGUAUGAAUGUUGGAAAAGAAUCGAAGGUUUUGCAUUGGCAAAUGCAAAUACAAGACUUGAACAUGGAAGAAGCUGAAGCGAUGAAUUGUGCAUGUACUUUCUUGUCCCAUUGUGUAGUGUAUUUUCAUCCCUGUAUCAAUCCAGAAGGUUCGUCUUUUGGCGUAAACACUGUCUCGGAUCAAGAAACAAAGUUUUUGAAGCAACAAUUUAAGCUGUAUGGAGGGGUAGUUGCGCGCGAGAUUAGCUCUUGCGUUACGCACAUUGUCAUUAAAGCGACUUCUGGCCAGAACCAGAAAGAACAACUUUUACCAGCUAUUCGGAACUUGCGCCACCAAGGCUUGCCAGAGCCUCGUGUUGUUACGACGGAGUGGGUCCAGCGAAGUGUGGAGCAGCAAACUCAGCUCCCUGACGACGAAUUUGUUGUUCAUAUUUAA